AAAAAAAAAAAAAAAAAAAAAAAAAAAUUACUCCGCCAGGUUCCUCCCUUGCUAGCGGUAAACUGGAGAGCAAGCAGUUUUGUGACCAGUGAAAAUCUUUUUUCAGUAAAUUUUGACUUUUGGACUUUACGCUCUGGAGUUAUUGUAAAUGUUUGGCUCACAUGGAAAUUGUUCAGCCUUGAUGUUACGCUUUGACAUCCUCCAUCAGCUGUGCUGGCCAAACUGAGUGUGACAACAAGGCUGACGUGUCCUGUGAUGUGUGCUACCUGUGAUUUCCUCUAAAUGGUGCUGAUCGAUCAUCAAACUCCAUUUGGAAAUGUGUCAUCUGUUUUUAAGAGCUGCUGUUAAUUGUUUGUUAGUUCACCACAAGGUGGCUGUUGCAAACUGUGACGUCACUAUUUUGGUGUGAAUGGUGCUAGCUCCAGACAGACCUUUGAGCCAUCUUACCUACUGGGAGGACCCAAGCUUAAAUUGCAAUUCAACAUGCUAAAGGAGUAAGGUCCAGAAGGGAUACUACCUUCACCUCCCCUCAUAUUCCGACUCCUCAACCAAGCUGAGCAAGGAAAACAGACAGUAGCAGCAAAACACCACAGGCAUGAUUAGAGUCCCUGUGCUCUAUGUGGUGGUGCUGGCAUUCAUCUGUCACAGCCACAGCCUGGAAAACCCUGUGCACGGGUUCAAAAGGUCUCAGGAAAAUGUCUUGUCAGAUCCCAGUGAUUGUGUGUCCAGGACCAAGCAGCAGCCGGUCUUAACAAACUCUCACAACUUCUCUGUGGAUAUGCGGAUGCCUGGUGUUGUCCCGACUGGAUCGGACACUUACCUGUGCAUGGCAUUUCCUGUGCCAACUAGUCGAGAUGCAUAUAUUGUGGACUUCAUACCUCAUGCCAGUAUGGACACAGUGCAUCACAUGCUGCUGUUUGGCUGCCAGACUCCUGUCUCUACCAGCAGCUACUGGGACUGUGGCAGUGUACAAGGCACUUGUGAGGAUGAAGCCUCCAUUAUGUAUGCCUGGGCUCGGAAUGCGCCACCUACUAAAUUACCCAAAGAUGUUGGUUUUAAAGUUGGAAGAAAUUCAGGAAUGUCCUACUUUGUGCUGCAAAUCCAUUAUGGAGAUGUCAGUGCUUUCAGAGACCAUCAUAGAGAUUGCUCAGGACUUACCUUAAGAAUGACAUCCAAAUCGCAGCCAUUCAUUGCUGGCAUAUACCUGCUAAUGUCUGUGGACACAGUUAUCCUUCCAGGAAAAAAAGUUACAAAUGCAGACAUUGCCUGUGAUUACACCUCAUAUCCAAUCUACCCGUUUGCCUUCAGGACCCACACACACCACCUUGGUAAAGUGGUCAGUGGCUACAGGAUCCGAGAUGGGAAGUGGAGCCUGAUUGGGAGACAGUCCCCUCAGCUACCACAGGCUUUCUAUCCUGCUAACAAGGAGGUGAAUGUGAAGUAUGGUGACACCAUUGCAACCAGAUGUGUGUUUACUGGUGAGGGCAGAACCUCCAAAACUUAUAUUGGUGGCACCUCUAAUGAUGAAAUGUGCAAUUUCUAUAUAAUGUACUACAUGGACAGCAAACAUGCCAUCCCCUACAUGAACUGCAUGGAGACCAGCUCCAAAGAACUGUUUCAGCAUAUUCCAGCUGAAGCCAAUAUUCCCAUCACUGUCAGUCCUGGUCAUGUGAACUCUAUGAUGCAUAUGGGACACUCGACAGAUUAUCGAGAUAACGGAUCGUUGUUGGAUACAAACAAAGCAGAGCAGGUUCUGGAUCAGGGUGACCUGUAUUCUCUUAUGUCCAAGCUGCUAGGACAGAAAAAGGACGUAGUUCACAUUCAUAAGUACAACCCCAGCGAGAUGCAGAGAACCAAGGCUGAGUUGGUGGCUCAGAUUGAUAGCUUAAUGCAAAAGAAAGACCUAGGCUUUCCCAGUGCCAGACUAGCCUUCCAAACCAGAGAGGAUCCUGCUUUGGUGAGGGACAGAGUCCACAAAUUCCAUCAGCUUGAGGUCACGGCCAAGCCGCCAAGAAGCAAGCUGCUAGCUGAAGGACAAGACUACCAUUUGGAGCAAGUCUCAGCAUGGCCACAGAGUUCUCUCCAGUUGGGUCAGGUGUCAGGACUUGCCCUCGACUCAGAUUCUAACUUGGUCAUUUUCCACAGAGGUGACCACCACUGGGGGGCCGACUCUUUUAACAGCCAGGCUAGAUACCAGCAGAGGUCCCUAGGUCCUAUUCAGCAGUCUACUAUUUUGGUUGUGGACCCAGCCGAAGGCAACAUCUUGAAGGCUUCUGGCAGAAACAUGUUUUACUUGCCUCAUGGAAUAACUACAGACAAGGAGAAUAAUUACUGGGUCACUGAUGUAGCUCUUCAUCAGGUGUUAAAAGUGAGCAGUGACAACACAGACAGAACCUUGCUGGCACUGGGAGAGGCUUUCACACCAGGAAGUGACAACAAUCACUUCUGCCAGCCCACUGAUGUGGCUGUAGACACUGAGACUGGGAACAUCUUUGUGUCUGAUGGCUACUGCAAUGCCAGGAUACUGAAAUUCUCUGCUGAUGGCAAAUACCUGUCUGAGUGGGGUGCAGGCUCAUCAGACAGGAGGAGGCGCAUACCGUUCCGGAUCCCCCACAGCCUGGUGUUCCUUCCUGACAGAGAGGAAGUCUGUGUGGCUGACAGGGAGAAUGGACGUAUCCAGUGUUUCAUAGCUGAAACUGGAGAGUUUGUCAAGGAAAUAAAGAAAGAAGAGUUUGGAGGGGAGAUGUUUGCUCUCACCUUCAGUCCUGCUGGAGAUGGCUUGAUCUUUGCAGUAAAUGGGGAAUCUCCAUAUCGCUCAGCUCCACUGAGAGGUUUUGUAAUAAAUUAUUCAACCAAGGAUAUAUUGGAUACCUUCAACCCAGAGAAAAAGGAGUUUAAAAUGCCUCACGACAUAGUUGAAACCAGGGAUGGCAGCGUCUUUGUCGGGGAUGCAGGCACUAAAUCAGUCUUCAAGUUUACCACUGAGAAGUUACAUCGCUCUGUCAAGAAAGCUGGAAUUGAGGUUCAAGAACUUGAAGAAAUGGAGACAUUUGUCCAAACUAAGGUGAGGCCGGAGCACAACAUGUCGAAGACAGCAGCCAUCCAAGAGAAGCAAACUGUGGCUCACCCAGUGGAACAGGCACAAGAGGAGAAGAAGAGUGCAGCACAGCCAAACAGAGAGCAGGGGGUACUCCCAGCCAUCGUCACCACCCUGCUGCUUAUCCCUCUGCUGGUCGUCAUCUCCAUAGGAGUCUUUAUCUGCUGGAGGAAAAACAACCGAUGUGAGGCGAAAACUGAACCCAGCUCUGUAGGAGGGAUCUUGGGAAAAAUAAGAGGUAAAGCAGUUGGCAGUCUGAACCUAGGGAACUUCUUUGCGUCCCAUAAGGGUUACAGUCGUCAGGGCUUUGACCAGCUGAGUACUGAAGGCAGCGACCAGGAGAGGAACAACGAGGACAGCAGUGACUCAGAGAACGAGGAGUACUCUGCUCUGCCGCCUCCUCAAUCCUCUUCUUAGAUGCUCUGGGACCAGCCACCAACCUUCUGCUUACAUUGCCAAGUUAUUCAUUAUGUGUGUAACUGUUGUGUUAGUUGCCAAUUUUAUUGUUUAUAUAUUUAAAAAUAUACUGUAUAUGAAAAUAAUUUGGCAUACUUUAGAUUAAUUUAGAAUUAAUUUAAUUUACCUGUAAUCUUGAUACAGCCUUGGUGACACGAUUCAAACAUACCACUAUAAAAUAUUUGUUUUCCCCAAAUCAAAGUUGCAUUUAGUGAAAGUAUUAGCACAAUCCCCAGGACAAAUGUUUGAGAAUAAAUUGUUUUGUAUUGGAAACAGGUAAAACAAAUCUAAGCCCAUUGCUGGAUUUUUAUUUUAACUCGUAAGAAAAUAAACUAAACUUCACUGAAUGGCUUUUUUAGAUGGGGAAUUUCUAUGACUGAAGUAUUUCACAGUUAGUCAUUUGCUGUUAUAGUCAUUUAUACUUAAGGGCUCUAUUUUCAUGGCAGCACUAAGACCAGCACAAACAGCGCUGCAACAGUUUGGUAUUUUCCUGACCAUGACAUUCGGUUUGCUCAUUGCACAGGUGGGAGGAGAGGUCCAAAAUAAUUUGAUGGAAUGUCUGUAAAUCAGUUAAAUUAAUAUGGGUCAUUCUUACAGUAUCUGUUAUGCACAGCUGCUUUAAACUGCAUGAAAACCUCCUUCAGUUUGUUAACUCCCUGCAGCCAUCUGAAGGCAACAGGACACAUGCUGCAGCCUCUGACUGUGCCGUACCAGAGCGUAGUGCCACUACGCAUGGCCAUUCACUAUGUUUACCUUGAUUAAAGGCUGCUACCCAAUAACUCCAUGUAACAUCAGACUGGUUAGUUAUAUUCAGCUGUAUUGUCAGAUAUAUUCUCACUGCUAAUGAGGGAGACGCCAGAUUACCGGGGCUCAUGAAUCCAGUACAUCAACUCCUUUCAAAGUUUUUAGCAAAUGUGGCAUUUCAUAUGAUAUGAUGUGAACAUAUACAUCCUGAGAUACAGUAGAAUUAAGACUGAAGUAGCGUUGGAUUGAUGUGAUCAUGUACUUGGUUUCACCAAACAAUUUUUAUUAUUUCUUUCUAUUGUUAUUGUAGUAAUUAUCUGUAAAAACCCACACCAUCUUUCUUUAGUUGCAGAUUUGUAUGAUGUGUUCACAUUGUGCUGGUCUGCACCUUCCAGACAACAAUAUAAUUUCCUGGAGAAGCAAUCACAAUUUGAUGAGCUGUUGUUGUCAUAACUCACUGUCAUUGGCUCAGCUGUUUCAGAGCGAUGAGACUAGUGGUGUGAUUGGUUGAGAGUGUAUUUAUUAAUCACCAUACCCUCCAAUCUAUCUUCCACUUCACAUAGCUCUUUUGCACUUUGCACUGCUACACAUACAUGAACCAAAAUAGCAGGUGAGCUACAAGACACCCACACAGUCCUACCCAUUAACUACCGCUUUAUGCUGGUCCCUGUGCUUGCACCAUUAAAAUAGGGCCCUAAGAAAAAAAAACUGAAAACUGAUAUUGUCACCUGUUAGUGGUUGGCUGUUUAUUUUGCUGUUCAGUGUUUUGAUUUUGUUGAGUCAGAACUGGACUUAAACACUGUUUUUCAUGGCAUUUUAAUAUCUGAGUAAGAAUUUAGUUAAGCAGGAUUAGUUACUGAAAUUUUGCAAUUUUAUCAUGACUUUAAAAAUUAGUAGUUUAACAGCAAUGAUAUAGCAUACAGUAUAUACCGUUUAAUUUUACCGGAAAAGUGCAUCCUUCCUUGCAUAAAUCUCUUCCAUGUAGCAAAGCUACACAGAUAACAUUAUUUCAGCAUAAUUGUUUGGUCCAUGUUUCAGUUCAGUAACAUGUCACUUGUAAUGUUGUGCCUUUUUACAUCUGUAUUUUGCCUUUCUUUAGCACCUGCCAUUACAAAAUGUACCACAGGAUGAAAACAGCCAAUGCUGCUAGUAGAGCUUGUACUAUACGGAUUUCUCUUCCAUUCAAGUAAACGGAAAGUGGAUAUUAUUACAUAUAUAUGUAUAUUUAUGUGUGUGUGUGUGUGUGUGUGUGUGUGUGCCAAACAAACAUUGUUCAACAGCCAAGUCUCAAGCACUGUAACUGUUAUUACAUCAAACUCAACUUCAGACAAUAUAAAGAAACUGCGUGAAUUGAGAAACGGUUGCUACCUACAUCUUAUAUGUUAACAAAGGAACCACAUCAGUCUGUUUGCAAGUUUUAAGCUCCUUACCUACAAAUCAUAUAUACUUUAUAUUUUUGGUCUCCAUUUUGAGAUGCAUGCUGUACUCUCAAAACUUACUUGAGCAGUGAACAUUAUUGUUGUUUGGUACUACACUUUAAGUGUAGAGUCAUUUGAACUGUCUGCACUGCAUCACCUAAAAUUGUAGGGCUGCAACUAGCAAUUACUUUUAUUAUUGAUUAAUCUGGCAGUUUCUCGAUUACUUGAUCAAUCGUCUUGUCUAUAAAAUGUCAGUAGAUAUUUUAAAAUGUCCAUUUUUAUUCCCCAGACACCAAAUUGAAAUAUUCAAAUGUCUUGUCCAACCAACAGCCCAAACCCAAAGAUACUAAUGACUAUCAUAGAUGACAGAAAGAAAUUGGCAAAUAUUCACAUUUGAGAAGCUGGAACCAGUGAAUUUUUGACAUUUUAUCUUAAAUAAUAAUAUAAAUGAUUCAUUCUUUUAAAAAAUAGUUAAUUAAUUACCUUUCGAUGGAAUUUAAAUCGAUUAAUCGACUAAUUGCUUCAGCUCUAAUACUAACAAUGCAAAUUUGAUGUUCACUAUGAUGGAGAGUCAUUGUAUGGAAAUUAAUAAAAACCAAUGUAUACCUGGAGCAGUAGGAAAAAAAACUUUCAAAUUUCUAAAACACAGCAGCAUCGUUUGCAAAAUGGUUAGUUAUGAUAUAAAGUAUACAGUUUGUAGCAAAGGGGCUAAAACAUGCAAAACAGCUGGUAUGGUCCAUUAAAUAUUUGUAUUGAUUAGGGUUGUGAUCAAGUGCAUUUCAAUGGAUCUGUAUCAGCAGUGUAAAUCAGUUCUAAUCUUUGGUUUAUUGUGAACCGUUGUGCAAGGACAACCCACAAAGCAACUGUAUUAUGAAGAACAAUAUGAAUAUUGAAUUAGACAUUGUCGAAAUAGUUUUCUUAGGUAUCUAGAUCACCAUGAUCAAGACAACAUUAAAUCUCAAUAAUUUCCAAGAAAAUCUAACAUUCCUCAAUUCAUGCUCAACUUUUCUGCACUUACAACUUCGUACAUUGCUUGAGAAUUAACUUAAAAUUAAAAGUGAUUAACUGAUCACGUUUGAUCUGGUCAGUUAUUACUAAUUUAUAGCUCAUCUGGUAGAGCGCAUACCAUGUUUCAAGGCUGAGUCCUUACCGCAGCGGCCCCAGGUUCGAAUCCAGACCGGGCCCUUUGCUGCAUAUCAUCCCGUCUCUCUCGACCAUGCCUUUCCUGUCUCUCUCUACUGUGACCAUCAAAUAAAGCAGAAAUGCCUGUCCUCAGUUUGCCGUAAAGUUUUAAUGAAUGAUUUCCGUAAUGGCAUGCCAUAGAAAUUGUAUUUCCGAUGUUGCAGUCACAUGUGGGCUAUCUGAUAUUUAUUGUGACACACUGGUUUUGCUGCAAGAGUACUAUUUUCAGUAACUAUGUUAUUUGUGUAAUAAAGUGUCUGCAAAGCA